UUUUCUGCCCCCUCCCAAAUUAGGAGGUGUCCGACCCCCAGCCUCGUUUCCACAGGGGCUCCUUGCCCAUUGGGUGGAAUGCUGUGAUGUCAUAAAGCCCUCCUGGGAUUCUCCUGGGAUUCCAAGGCUCCAGGCUGCUACCAGGGAAGAUGCCAGCAGAGACAGGAUGCUGAAAGGCCCCGUCCGUGUCGCCCCUCAGUGGAAGGAGCUCCAGAACCAACUCAGGGGGAGGCUGGAACUGCAAAAGGCCUUGCCGGAAGGGGCGGAGGGGACUCCCUUUCUCCUGAGUGACAGACCCAGCAUCGUCUUCCGGGAGAGCUGCUUCCCCAGCUACAUGCCGCUCUUCUGCUACUACGCAACCGAGUGGGGGAACUUCUUUGCGUCGUUCACCUGGAGGAGGGCCAAGCGGAGCAGGGUGCGUGUCUGGAGUUAUAGCAUGGAGGACGAAAGUUCAGUGACUGAGAAAAUGUACACCUUAGAUGAGCAUCCAGGGGUCCUCACCAUCACCUAUGUCCCCCACGUGCACCUCUUUGUGGCUUACUGCGAUGACAUCCACUUUCGCUUUUUUGGGGACCACACUCGGGACUUCAAGCUGCUCUCAAAGAUGUCUUCCCCCUAUUCGGUCACCAGCUUGUGCUACAGUCCUGAAACGUGUGAACUGAUUUCUGGUGCCAUUGGAGUAGUGGCUUUUUGGACCUUUUUGAUGUUGGAGGUUCCCUCUAUGAGUGUCACACAGGAAGUAUGUGUUGCGACUGGUGAGUUUGUGCAUUUUCUCAGGGUGGAGCAGGAGCGGAGGAUGCUGGUGGCCCUUUGCGAGAACAUUAUUCGGGUGUAUGACUACCAAACCAAAGCCCAGAUCUGCACCUUCCAGAUGAGCCAAGGCGUCUCUCUCACUUGCUGUGCUGCCUAUUGGCCCCAGAGCUUCCUCUACACAGGAGACCUGGCUGGGGAUGUCAAGGUGUGGAACUUUGAUACAGGGACCCAUGUCAACCAUUUCAAGGCUCACCAGAGUGCCAUCAGCAAUGUAAUCAUCCGGAUCGCUGUGCACAGCUUCAUGACUGCCUCUUUGGAUGGAAUGCUGAAGGAAUGGAACCUGACGACCUGUGAGCUUCUCCGGCGGGUGGACAUUGGAGAGGAAGUCUUCCAGAUGCAAUUCCUCAAUGAGCAGACUUUCUUCCUCCGCACCCAGUAUACCUUCUCCAUCCGUACAGUCAACAAUUUCUACCAGCUCUUCAACAGAAGCAAAUCGACUCUCAAGGGGUUAGUGCGUGUAAAGUGUGGACCAGACAAGGCCCGCAUCCUGGCCACCACUGAAGAUGGAGUCAUCCGAUUCUUAUCCCCUGUGACAGGAGAAAUGUUGUUUGUUACCUGGCCCUUCCAGCUGCUAGAAAAAGCUCUGGACUAUGUUUAUGACCCAGAUCGAGAGGAACUCUUGGUGACAAUGGGCACAAGUGACAUUUACGUGUUGGAUACCACCAAGAACCCUUGCCCAGCCAAGUACAUUUUGCGUACUACAGACAGCAUGGACGACAAGGUUCUGUGUUUGGCCUACAGCCGUCUGGACCUGAAUGGCCGGACCACCAGCUUCAUUUUCAGCGGGUUCAAGAGUGGCAAAGUGCGCUCGGUCACUCAGCAGUUAUAUCGAAUGGGCGGUCGCAAACUGCAUGAUGGCAAUGUAGUGGCCCUCAGCAGCCUCUCAGGCUCAGGGUACCUGUCAUACCAUUCAAGGGAAGCCUCCUUCCUCUGCUCCUACGGACUCGACGAAUACAUCAUCCUCUCGGAAGUGAUCUUGAAGAAGAACAGCCUCCUGGAGUUGCUCCCUCUGGUCAUCAUUCCCAGCACCAACUGCAGGAUCAACAUCCUCCUGCUCAUCCCCGGCUACAUCUGUGCCUUGACGGAGCAGAACCGAGUCCGGCUGUGGCGCCAGGCAGCCCUGGUUCCUGGCGAGAAGAAUCCCUUCUGGAAGGAGACGGCAGCCAUGCACUCGAGCACCAUCACCUCUUUCGACUACUGCCACACCCUGGGCAUAUUGGUGACCGGCGGCUCGGAUGGUUCCGUGCGCAUUUGGGACAUCCUGGGGAAAAUGUUGGUGGACUUUGACACCACCCUCAAAUUCAGCCGCGUCUGUUUUGCCAACCAACGGGGGGACCUGGUGGUUGGCUGCAGCACAGACAUCUACUUCAUCUCAUGUGUUACAUACCUACCAAGGAAGCAUCUCACCAGUUUGUUGACCCAUCAUGUAAGGGAUGAUGUGAUUGAAUAUCCACUGCCCUUCCUCCCCUGCUUCCUUCUUACCUUCGAUAUUGUUUUUGUGCCCAGGUACCUGCAGGUCGGCAAGCAGGCCAAGACGUUUGAGCGGAUGGAGCCCCUCACCAACCACAAGGAGGUGUUGAUCGAAAAGAAUGUGGCCAAGGUGGUGGAGUUCGUCGGCAGAGAUGUGAGCGUCUUUCCUGGCCCUGAUUUCUAUGGGCUGCCCCUGCCACUCCCCAAGGAGACGCUGCCGGAGUUUGCAGUGGAAUACCAGCUCAUUUCGCAGCCCACCCUCAGACCUUCUCUGGAAAAGAAACUUGCUCCCCCACCGCCUUACCGUGGCCUCCCGCGGAUGGUGGAGCAUGUCCCCUUGCUCCAGACCCUUCGCUUCCAGGAGGGGCACUCCUGGCCAAUGGCUCCUGAUGGCUACGUCCCCAACUCAGUCAUCCGGGCUCAGCUCUUUCCCAAAGGAACUCCUCCCGAUCUCUGGUGCCCCUUGCUGUCAAGCCGGGACCCCCUGCCCAAAAGGAAGCUUGUCAAGAUCCAGAUGCCGGAGUGGGACACAUCCGAGGUGGUGGAGAAGGCGCGGAAAAAAAAGGCCCAGAAGAUGAAGCAGACACCCUCUGCCACCAGGGGCCAUCGUGACUUGCUGGCAGAGAUCAUGACCAAACCCUGGCUGAGGCACAAGCCCAGCGACACCAGCCUGCCCUCCAUCAUGAAAGCCAUCCUCAACCUCAUGGACGAUGUCCCCUACUCCACCUACCUGCUCUGCACCUCCGCGCUGGUGCAGCUUUCCGAGUCUUACACGCUGCCCUCCUCCAUACAGGAAGUGGCCUUUGAGCGCCUCAUCCAAGACACAACCCAUAAGGAGGUGAGGAUGCGGCUGGCGGCCUGGGAGGCCUUGGGGAAGAUGGACCUCCUGAGUGAACAAGAGGUGGUACCCCUGGCUCGGGCCCUGAUGGAUGAGAACAGGAAAGUGCGGGACCUGGCCCGUUCCUUGCUCGACUCAGUGGCCGGCAUCACCGACAAGUUUGUCCUGAAACAAGAAAUGCAGCGGCUGGCGGCAACAAGCCUGGAAGACCUGAGGGUGAUGAGCCAGAAAGAAAGAGCCGCGUUUCCUCGCAGAGUGCGAGCGGCCGGCAUCGUGGCUGACUCAAAGGAUGAAGCCGUCUAUGCCUUGACGGAGGGCACUGAGAGGCUGAUGACCUGCAUAGAGAAUCAGCUGACAGCCAAUCUCUUCCUCAUGUCUGAGUUCCCCCCACCAGAGGCCCAGCUCUUGGGGCAACCUCCCCCUUCCCGGCGGAGGCGCAUCUCUGGAAAAGCAGCUGAAGAGUACGGAGAGCCAGAAGGGCCAGAGGCCGGCCAGGCCCGGUGGCUGGGGCUCUUUGGCCGCUCGGGCAGGAAAGAGGCCGAGGCUCGAGCUACCACUGAGGAGGCCAAGCAGACUUCCCCCAGGAAGCUGCCCCGCAUCCAGCAGGCCCGAGGGAAGGGGGUUGCCAUCAUGCCAUCCCCUGAAGCGCCAGAGAGCAGCAGCAGCAGCAGCCCCAGCAAGCACACCACUAGCACCAGCGGCUCCCCCACCACAAGCAGUGGCAGCUCCAACACGCGGGAGCUGCGGGCCGCCAAGAAGGCGCAGCGUGAAAAGGAGAAGCUACGGCACCCCAAGGUCCCAGCCACCUCUUCCCAAGAUGUCCACAGGCUCAGGAAGCUGCGCAAGCGGGCCCAGCCCAUUCUCCUGCAGCGCCGAGACACCCGCACACAGCUCUACACGGAGAUGCUGAAGAGCAUGAAGGUCCGGAAGGAGCAGUCGGCACCAGCGGUGGUAGUUCCUCCAGCGAAACCCAAGGCCGGCAGCAGCCUUAUACAGGCCAAGCCCAGCCCCGUGGAGCCACCCGUGGGGCCACCCGUGGGGCCCCCAGGGGCCCCCAGGGGCCCCAUCAAAGGCAUCCUCAUCGAUCCUAAGCAGCAGUAUGCAGCCGACAAAUCUAACUGGCGCAACGACCUCUACAAGCUGAUGAUGCUGCGCAUCGCCCCCUCGGUUGAAGGGCGCACCGUAGGAGAGGACUUCCUGGCCUCCGCCCGAAUUGCCCUUGCUGGCCAAAACCUCUCCUGGGAGCUCCUGACCAACCUCAGCCAAGCCCUGCUCAGCUCCCAGGAGAAGCUAACCACAGAGACCCCCGCCUGGAAGAAAUACAUGGAUGAUUUCAUCAAGCUUUCCCUGAAGGAGUCGUGGCUCCAGUCUUCAGUGGAGAGUUUGGAAACGGUCUUGGCGGUGAGGACAGCCGGAGAGAUGCCCAGCAGCUCAGAGACUGAUGAGCUCAGCCAGGGUGAGGCAGAGAAGGGGCUGCGGGAGGAAGCGGAGGAGAGAGCCAUAGUGGUGGAGAAGAGGCUCCGAGAGCAUGGAGCUAAAGAGGGCAAGCUGCUCCAAGUGGCCUCCGAAAAAGAAGCAAGGCGGAUGGCUAAGUUAUCCGAGAAGUGGGGUGCCAGAAUGGAAGAGUUUUCCAAACGGAGGCCGGAAUCGGGGGCCAGGGCCAGGGACCAGGAGCUUGCUCGGAGCAAGGAGCAGUUGCCUGCCAGGGGAAAAGAGCGGGAACGCCUCCUGGAGAAGGAGAAGGAGCGGGAGCCCUCUGGAGGCAGAGCACGAGGAGCAGAACCUUGGAGGCGGAAGGAACGGGAAGCUCCUGAAAGGAGAGGAAAAGACGUGACUGUGCACAAGACCGGCCAGCCUGCAGGCAAAGAAGAAGAGAAGGCACAGGAAAUGGAGGAAGCAGAGAGGAGCCAGGAGGAGCUGCCCAGCAUGGAAGAGCUGCAGAAGAAGCCCCUCCUAACGGACUCUGAGAGGAUCCUGACCCAGCUGUCGGAGGACAUGCUGACCGAAAUGAGGGCAGAAGGCAAGGCCAGAAUGAUGGAGGAACUGAAGGCUAGAGCUUGGCAGAAAGCCCUGGAAGAGAUCAAGGAGAGAACCCUGGCUGAAGCCCACCAGAUAGCUCUGGCCGAGGCCAAAGACCGGGCAUUGCUCGAAGCCCGAAAGAAGGCCCUGGCAGAAGCUUGGGAGAAGGUGCUGGCAGAAGCCCACCAGAAGGCGCUGGAGGAGGUGAUGGAGAGAGCAUUGGAGGAGGCAGAAAAGAUUGUCCAGGCUGAGGGACUGCAGGGGAACAUGGCGGAGGAAAGGCUGCAGGAACUGGUGCUGGUAAUAGCUGAGGAACUGGCCAAGGAAAGAGCCAUGGAGUUGGCCAUGUUGGCCAAAGUAGAAGUAGAUGAGGCCAGAGUUCUGGAGCUGGCGGAGGAAGAGGCGAUAGAAAUAGAUGAGGUGAGACUUCUGGAAUUGGUUGAAGCAAGCCCCCGAGAAAAGGCUGAGACCAGGGCCCAGGAACUGGCUGAAGCCAUCAUACUGGAGAUGCCAGAGGAAAAAUUCCUGGAACUGGCUGAGGUAAGAGCCCAGCUGCUGGCCCAGGCAAAGCUAAUGGAGCAGCAGCUGGAGCAGGAAGAAGAGGAGUGGGCCGAGAAAAGGGCUCUCUUCUUUGACAAAGAGAAGGUGGGUUCCCCAGAGGCCCUGGACGACAAGGGCAUUUGGCUCCUCUCUGAAGACGAAAGAGAAGCCCUGGUGACCCUGUGGGAGAUGGACCAGGCUCCAGAGGCAGAGGCUGAGCUGACCGACCAGGCCCAGCUGCUCCUGGAAGUCCUGACUCAGCCAGAGAAGCUUCAGAGGAGGGAUUCCACCACCUUUCAGAAUCUCUUCCGCCUGGUAUCCCUGGUCAGGGCCCCCUCAACGGCACACCUGCAGGAGAUGGUUGAUGCUCUGCUCCAAAAAGCCGAGGACCUGCUCAAGGAAGCUGAACAGAGGCAGGAGUCCUUGUCAGAAGAACAGGUGUCUGUGCUCGGGCGUCUCAAGGAGGCGGUGGAGGCCCACAAGCCCUGGAAUGCCAGCCCCAGGCAAUAUGGCGCCCGGAUGAAGAGGCUUUUUAAGUCUGUCCUGGCUGUGAUGCAGGCCAGGAACCUAAAGAGGAGGCUGACCAACAAUGUCUGGCUGCAGGCUUGGCAGCAGAAGGUGGAGAAGGCCUGGACCCAGGAGGAGCGCCAGGAGGAGCGCCGGGAGGAGCGCCGGAAAGAAGACCAGAGGGCCUGGCUGAGGAAGAAGCUGAAGCAGGCCUUUGGGAAGUUUCAGGCUGAGCAGGAAAGGGCUCAGCAGGAAAGAUGGGAGCAGCAGCGCAGGGAGAGGUGCCUCAAAUUCAGAUCGCGGCCCAUUGUGCUGGGCUUCCCGGAAGGGGCAGAGGGGAAGGAGGGCAGGACAGAGGAACGGGGGCAGAGGGAGGAGGCGAGGGGAGAGGGCCUGGAGGUGAACAGGCUGGCGGGCAGGCAGAAGUCAUCCCUGAGAAAGGAGAGGGCAGCAAGGGACCAUGGGAAGCUGACGUGGUCCAUGGGUGAACAGUGGGAGAAGGCCUGGCAUGCCUUUUUGCAGAUGGAGGAGCUGAGCCCAGCCCUGGCUGCCCCCCAGCCAAGGGGGUACCGCCUGCCCAAAGAUUCUCUGUAUAAGACGACCAAGCCCACCCGGCGCCUCCAUCGGAAGAUGCUCCGGCGGGGCGGGCGGCAGCACAUCUUCCGCCUGGACGAGGCCAAGGGGGUGGACUGGGAGGCCUUCAUGGGGCUCUACCUCUCCAUCGCCUCCAUGAAGGAGGAGGGAGUGGCGGCUGCCACGUGGCAGGAGCAGGCAGCCACGUUGCUCGACCUCUAUGGCAUGAGCAACCCCCUGGUGCGGGCCAUGAUCCAGCAGCUCCUGGUGGGUGACCAUCGCCAGCGCAAGUACGUGCCCAGCAGCUGCUGGAGACUGAAGACGGCGCAGGCCGACCUGGGCCAAAGGAUCCUCUACGAGAUGAUUGUCCACUCCGCCCAUCUUCGGCCCCCACAGCCCGCCUUCCACCACGUCAUCCCACUCAGCUACCAGAACAAUGUGCAGCCCUUCAAGAUGCAAGGCAUCACCCACUUUGGCCCCCUCUACCUUAAGUGGAAGACCUUCUUCCCCAAGGGAAAGCUGCCCAAGCUGAGCCUCUACGUGUAUUCGCAUCCCUCCUCAUAGCUUUCUGCUCUGUCCACAUGGAUCCCUUCCUUCCCACAGACGAAAAGCUCUGUUUUGCUGCUUUUCUUGUUUAAAGAAUAGCCUCAGAGAGCUAAGAUUAUUUUUUUUUGCAGGGGUGGGGGGAGCAAUUUAUGCAAACUGUAGAAUAAAUUAGUUAU